CGACUCUGAGUCGCAGAUUUGGCUGUGGUCAGAGAAGCAAACUCUUAUUCAUCGUUUUAGCCACAAAUCCUUUUUCUUCGGAAAAGACCAAAAAGAAACAGAGUAGUACAGACAUAAUCCGUAACAACAAUCCUGUUGGUUUCAUAAUCCUUUCCUCAACUUUCCAUUUUUGCUUUUCUUUUUCUUUUUUUUGUCUUUUUAAUUUCUCAACAUUUCCCUUUUUCCGGAUUUCAUGGUAGGAAUCGUUGGAGCUGCUUUAAAGCCAGCAACUUUCCUGUUAUAACAGAGGAAGUUGGUGGUGGAGAAACACAGAAAGAUUCAUUCUUUUCGUAGGAAUUUUGGUUUAUCUGUUUCGCUUCCUGCGAUUCCUGGUGAAUUGGUUCGCCUUAGCCUUAUAUUGGCAUGGAGGACAUGAAAACUAUGAAGGGAAAUGCUCCUCCAGAAUCCAAUUCUGUACCUGGAUUCUCGUCGUCCACAGAUGAAGAUGAAGAUCAACCGAAUGAUGUGUUUGAAAUGAACAAGGAUGCUAAUGGAAAUAUGAACUCUGAAAGACAAUCUUUGGGUGUGGAUGGUUCUAUAUUAGAUCAUCUAAGGCAUGAUGAUCCUUCUCCAACAGAAAACUCGUCUUCAGUUAAAGUUGGCAAAACAGGUGACAAUUCUGGGACUGGAUCUCCUGUGAAUAGUUCUCUACUUGAUGAUCAGGACACAUUUCUUCAAUCAACAAAAAGUCCCGAGCCAAUCGAGCCUCAGAGAGACGAUAAUUCUGGUGUUUCCAAAUCCAUCCCAGUCGAGCCAAAUGAAGUAUUGCAACCACUUGUAGAUGUUGGGGCUCACUCUAGUGCUCAUAGCAGCUCGAGUAAUGCUCCUGAGGAAGAAAUGGCACCCAAAAAUUCCUCAGUAGCAAAAGAGGGCGAUGCUACAGAGUUAUUUGGAGACAGUAGUGACAAAACCAACAGUGAUAACGAUGCUCGUUUCACCUCCCACCACCCUCAAGUUAGCGACGCUGAAAGUUGCAAUGAUUUAUUACCAUCAGAUGAGGAUGAUCACCUCGUAGCCAAAGUUUCCGUGCCAUCAGAAGAUGACUUUUAUGAUCCUAUAGCCAAAGUUUCGAAUCAUUUAGUGUCAAUAACCUCGUUUGGUCAGCCCGUAGCCAAAGUUUCAGAGCCAUCGGAUGACAUGGAUCAGCCUCUACCCAAAGAUCCCAACCAUUUAAUGCCCUUAGAAGAAGCUGAUGUUGAUGAGCCUAUUGCCAAAGUUCCCAGUCAUUUCGUGCCACCAGACGAUACUGGUCGCCCCCUAGCCAAAGUUUCCAGCUUUACUGAUAAAUCAUCAACCUCUGCCCCUUCUAAAUACCCCGAAAAUUAUGACAUAGACCGGGUUCAAAUUGACACAGCAAUGCCUAUUGAAUCUGUGAAGCAGGCGGUUUCUAAAUUUGGUGGAAUCGUCGACUGGAAGGCUCAUCGAGUCCAGACUGUGGAGAGGCGCAAGUGUAUUGACCAGGAGCUAGAGAAACUGCAGGAGGAGAUCCCGUUAUACAAAAAACAAUUCGAGGCUUCUGAGGAAGGAAAGAUGCAAGUUUUGAAGGAGUUAGAUGGCACUAGAAGGCUUAUAGAGGAAUUGAAGCUGAAUCUCGAGAGAGCACAAACCGAAGAGAAGCAAGCGAGGCAGGAUUCCGAGCUAGCGAAGCUGAGAGUGGAAGAGAUGGAGCAAGGGAUAGCGGAUGAGGCGAGCAUUGCCACGAAGGCACAGCUCGAGGUUGCGAGAGCGAGGCACCACGCUGCAGUGUCGGACCUGAAAGCCGUGACGGCUGAGCUGGAGCAGCUCCGCAGUGAUUACGCCGUGCUGGUGGCGGAGAAAGACGCGACAGUGAGAGAGGCGGAGGAAGCUGUUUCUGAAUCGAAACAGGUCGAGAAGUCUGUGGAGGAUUUGACAGUUGAGCUGAUAACUGUGAAGCAGGCUUUAGAUGCUGCACAUGCUGCACAUUUGGAGGCGGAGGAUCAUCGGAUUGGAGCUGCGAUGGCGAGGGAGCAAGACACAAUUUACUGGGAGAAGGAAGUCAAGGAAGCUGAAGAGGAGAUCGAGAGGCUAAAUCAGCAGAUCCUGUCUUCAAAGGAGCUCAAAUCGGAGCUAGAUACUGCCUCGGCUAUGUUGCAGGACCUGAAAGCAGGAUUGGCUGCUUAUAUGGAGACACAAGUGGAACAGGAAAGCCUCGAGGCCGAGUUGCUGGAGCCCGAGAAACGAACUCACUGCGAAAUACAAGCAGCAGUGGAAUCAGCUAACAACGAGCUCAAAGAAGUGAACCUCCAGGUAGAGAAAGCAGUGGCUGAAGUGAAUUUCUUGAAAGUAGCAUCCACCUCGUUGAAGUCCGAGCUGGAAAAGGAGAAAGAAGAACUUAUAACCAAUCGACAGAGAGAAGAAAUGGCAUUGAUUACAAUUUCAUCCAUCGAAGCUGAGCUAAACCGAACCAAAUCAGAUAUCGUCCUUGCACAGAUAAGAGAAAAGGAGGCUCGAGACAAGAUGAUAGAGCUUCCAAAGCAGCUCCAACGGGCCACUCAAGAAGCAGAUCGAGCAAAGUCCAUCGCUGAAGCAGCACUACAAGAAUUGUCGAGAGCAAAGGAGGAAGCAGACGAGGCGAAGACAGGAGCAACUACACUGGAAAGACGGUUACUUGCAGCUAAGAGGGAGAUAGAAGCUGCAAAAGCUGCCGAGAAAUUGGCAAUUGCAGCUAUGAAUGCACUAGAAGAGAGCGAACAAGCUCGAAACAACAAAGGAGUGGACUCGCCAUCUGGAGUGACACUUUCCUUAGAAGAGUAUUACGAGUUAAGCAAGCAGGCCCACGCUGCAGAAGAGGAAGCGAAAAUGAGGGUAGCUGCUGCUAUCUCCCAAAUCGAAGUAGCUAAAGAGGGCGAGCUAAAUAGCCUGAAGAAGCUGGAGGAUGUUAACAAUAAGCUAGCUGAAAGAAGGCAAGUGCUAGAGAACGCACUGCAAAAAGCCGAUAAAGCCAAGGAAGGGAAGAUGGCUGUAGAGCAGGAGGUGAGAAGACGGAGAGAAUCACACGAGCAAAGACGGAAAGCCAAUGAAUCUGUUAGCUCAGUUAAGAGUGCAAGAUCGAGUUUCGAGGAGAGGAAAGAGUCAGAAGGAAGCGUGAAUGGCCCAGCAGCAGAGGACACUUCACGUCAUAAUAAGUCUCCUAAAGGACAAGCAAACGAAAGCAAACCUGAAAAUCCACAGGCUCAGGAAACCAAUACUGAACCUGAAUCAUCUCCUGAAGUGACAAAGCCCGCCAAGAAAAAGAAGAGAUCAUUCUUCCCCCGGAUCUUCAUGUUCUUGGCCAGAAAGAAAUCAUCCAAGACAUGAUGCUCUGUGCAACGUGCAUACUGCUGCUACAAAGUACAAUCAUCAUUCUUCCCCGAGAUCUUCUUGUUCUUGCCCAGAAAAAAAAAGA